CCCCCGUAUCAUUCACUCCUCCACACAAAUAAUUAAUAUUAUUAUAUUUGAACUACAUGACAAUCGAAUUAUUCGAAAGAUGACGAACAAAUUAAUUGAAAGUACACUCUUAUAUAUAUUUAGCUAAUUAGCUACCACACAAGAAGGCAAAGUAAAAAAGUUCUCUUUAUUUUCUCUCUUGUGUCAAAAUUUUCAUCAAAAAUGGCGGAGGAAGAGAGUAGAUUAGAAGAAAGAUUGAUAGUGAAUGAAGAAGAAGGAGAUGAAGAUUUGAAGAAAAGGGUUUGGGAAGAGACAAAGAAGAUAUGGAGGGUUGCUUUUCCAGGGAUCUUGGCUCGAGCAACUAAUUUUGGUAAUAUUAUUAUCACUCAAGCAGUGAUUGGUCAUGUUAGUGCUCUUGAUUUGGCGGCAUUUGCUCUUGUUCAAUCUCUUACUGUUCGUUUCGUUAAUGGAAUUGUUUUGGGAAUGUCAAGUGCAACAGAAACACUAUGUGGGCAAGCAUUCGGGGCAGGACAACACCACAUGAUGGGUAUAUAUCUACAACGAUCAUGGAUAGUAAACCUAAUCACGGUCACAAUCCUCCUUCCCAUUUUCAUCUUUGCGGGUCCUAUCUUCGUCGCACUUGGACAAGAAAAAGAAAUUGCCAACGUCUCGGAAAUAAUCUCAUUAUGGCUAAUCCCCUUGUCAUAUUGUUUUGUGUUCUCUCUCACAAUUCAAAUGUACCUUCAAGCUCAACUCAAGAACAUGAUCGUUGCAUGGCUCUCCGUUAUUUCUUUUCUCGUUCAAAUCUUCUUGUCAUGGCUACUUGUCAUUAAACUCGAGUUGGGGAUCCCCGGAGCCAUCGGGUCCCUUAUUCUUUCCAACUUUUUUAUUGUAUUAGGCGAGUUUGUCUACCUUCUCUUCGGAGGUUGUCCUCUUUCAUGGAAAGGUUUUACUUGGGAUGCAUUUUCUCAACUCUGGCCGGUCAUUAAGCUCUCGGUCUCGUCUGGUGUUAUGUUAUGCUUAGAGCUUUGGUACAAUUCAGUUUUGGUUCUUAUAGCAGGCUAUAUGGAAAAUGCAACUGUUGCUAUAUCUGCCUUCUCCAUUUGCCUCAAUGCAAGCGCUUGGGAGCUCAUGAUUUGUAUCGGAUUCCUUGGGGCCGCUUGCGUGCGAAUUGCUAAUGAGCUAGGAAGGGGAAACGCGAAAGCAAUAAGAUUCUCGAUAAAAGUGAAUUUGGCUACUUCAAUAGUAUUUGGGCUUGUCUUCUUCACAAUAUGCCUAAUUUUCGGUGACGAAAUUGGAUACUUAUUCACAAGCGAUCAAGAUGUUGUAAAUAUGGUAUCAGAGCUUUCGAUUCUUCUUGCCUUGACAAUGUUGUUGAAUAGCAUUCAACCCGUGUUGACUGGCAUAGCAAUUGGGGCUGGUUUGCAAAGUACCGUGGCUAUUAUUAACCUUGUGUGCUAUUAUGUUAUUGGAAUUCCAGUUGGUCUUUUACUUGGAUAUUUUACUAAUCUUCAAGUUAAGGGAGUUUGGAUUGGAAUGGUUUGUGGUGUUGCCAUGCAAAUUAUUUGCUUAAGCAUCUUGAUUUGGAGGACUAAUUGGGAUGACCAGGUGGUAAAGGCAUCCCAACGUCUCAAUCGGUGGCUCAAACCUAUUGAUUUGUCAUAAAUUCUCGUCGAAGUUGUGUUGUGCUUGUUGUUUUUUUUUAAUUAAUCGACACCCUUAAAAUUGUACGAUACAUUUGAAUAUGUCUACCGAUUUUGACAUUUUUAAAGCAGGAUUUGAGCUAUUGUAACAGUUGUAUUUCUAUAAAGGGUAUCAAUGUUGUCGAUUAUGUAAUA